UCAAAUGAAAAAUUACAUAAAAAUGAAAGGACCUGAAAGAAAACUAAAGACCAGUACCAAAAUCUGCUCUCCUUCAAUGGCGUCCUCAGUUCUGAAACGCACUUUCUUCUUCACUUCCUUCCCCAAAAACCACCACUCUCUCUCUUCAUUUUCUCUCUUCUCCUCCACCACCCCCUCUUCAUCACCGUCCGUUCAAACCCUUCAACAAUCCGAAACUCUAAUCUCAACCGUCGUCUCCAUCCUCCAACACCACCGCUCCAAGUCCCGAUGGACCCAACUCCGAUCCCUCUUUCCCGGCGGCUUCCAACCCUCGGAAGUUUCCCAAAUUAUCCUCAGCCUCCGCAACAAUCCCCACCUUGCCCUCCGCUUCUUCCUCUUCACUCAACACCACUCCCUCUGUCACCACACCCUCCUCUCCUACUCCACCAUCAUCCACAUCCUCUCUCGCGCUCGCCUCAAAUCCCAUGCCCUAACCCUAAUCCAAUCCGCAAUUCGUUCAUCCGAACCACCCAUUAAUUCUUCAUCAUCAUCACCGUCCUCAUCUUCAUCGCCACCUAAAAUCUUCGAAACUUUGGUCAAAACCUAUCGAACCUGCGAUUCGGCACCGUUCGUGUUCGAUUUACUGAUUACAGCAUGUUUGCAAUCAAAGAGGAUCGAUCAGUGUAUCGAAAUUGUUCGGAUGCUACGGUCUCGCGGCAUUUACCCAACGGUUAGUACUUGUAAUUUGAUAAUUGGGUCGGUUUCGAAUUGUCGCGGUUCUUAUGCUGGGUAUGGUAUGUACAGAGAGGUUUUUGGUUUUGGGUUUGAUGGUGAGGUUGAAGAUAGAGUGGGUCGUGUUAAGGUUGUGCCAAAUGUACACACUUUUAAUACAAUUUUGCUUUCUUUUUAUCGAGAUGGUUUGAUUGAAAAUGUGGAGGAGGUUUGGAAAGAAAUGGAGAGACUGAAUUGUGUGCCCAAUGUGGAAAGUUACGGUAUAUUGAUGGCGGCGAAUUGUGAUGAUGGGAAGAUGGAAGAAGCUAUGAGGUUGUGGGAAGAAAUGGGAGUCAAGGGUGUGAAGCAUGAUGUUGUGGCUUACAACACUAUCAUUGGUGGGUUUUGUGGAAUUGGGGAUAUUGGAAGAGCUGAAGACUUUUUCAGAGAGAUGGGGUUGAGUGGGAUUGAGAGUACUUGUGUGACUUUUGAGCAUCUUAUAAAUGGGUAUUGUAAGAUUGGAGAUGUUGAUUCGGCGAUGCUCUUGUAUAAGGAUAUGUGUAGGAAAGGUUUUAGGCCGGAGGGUUCAACAGUUGAUGCAGUGAUCGGAGGACUUUGUGAUAAGUGUAGGGUUUCUGAAGCUUUGGAGUUUUUGAGAGUUGGGUCAAAAAGACAUGAUCUUGCUCCAAGGGGAAAGAGUUAUGAGUUCCUGAUAAAGGGUCUGUGUCAGGAGGGUAAAAUGGAAGAAGCAUUGAAGCUUCAGGCAGAGAUGGUUGGUAAAGGAUUCAAACCAGAUUCGGAAAUUUAUGGUUCUUUUAUUGAUGGGUAUGUGAAACAAGGGAACAAUGAACUAGCAGGAGUUUUGAGGAAGGAAAUGCUUGAAACUCAAAUGCAACAGGAAGUGAAUUAAAUGAUUUAUUUAUUUUCCCCAAUAGUUGCAAGCUACUUCCACUUCUGAAAUUCCAAAUCUUGUUGUUGAACAUAGAUAUGGUAGGUUUUUGGUGAGAUUUCUUCUUGGAAUAGGCAUGGAUAUCUUAAAUUGCAUUUUUCACCAUGGCUCAUGCUAGCUCAAGCACACUCAGACCUUAGAGAGAAGCAUAAACUCUCACAGCCUGAGAGGACGCUGCUGUUCUAAAAGUCUGCCAUUUUCUGAAAAUGGUAAUAUCUGGGGGAAGUUUCUUGCACUUGGCUGAUGACAAGGUGGAUUCAGAAAUACAGAUCAAUACCUUGGCAUGCAGGAUUAAGUACUAAUUGGCUUACCGCAAAUAGGAGCUGUUAAGAAUCAGAAGGUGAUUCUUGGCCGACCUUCAUUGUAUUUCUUUGACAAUCUGAAACCUUAGACUCCUUAGUAUGGAUUCUGGGUUACUUAUUUAAUCAGCUCUACGUCAUUGGAAAGAUUGGUGUCUAGUCGUAUAUAAAUCAUAAACAGAUUAGGUGAAAAGUGUCUGUAUUCUCAAAAAGGUUGAUAUGAAUUACUUGUUUUAUUGGCCUUUUGAUUUGGUGGGAAAGAUGAUUAUAUUCUGUAGAGAAUACCUUCCGGAGAAUUUGUGUCACUUGAUUCCCCAAUCUUUAAUGUGGGUUCUGAAAUUUAGCUGUUUCUGAAGUAUUGGUUUUUGUUUCUGAA